AUGGUGCAAGAUACAGACGAAAAUACCAAACAUCCAAUGGCUAACUUACGGAUUCAAGACCUAGCCAAAGUUAAAUUUAUUAUUGACACUGGAGCGACAGUUAAUUUACUCGAAGAAAAGGAUUUUGAAGCCCUCAAACCGGAAAUAAAAUUGCAACACAGUUCUAUCAACAUCUACCCCUACAAGUCCGAUAAACCCCUCAGGGUCCUUGGAAAGUUUACUGCUACUGUAGAAUCGCGGAAACGAAUUGAUGCUGCCGAGUUUUUUGUUGUUAGCAACAACGGUCGCCUUGGAGGUUCUUUGUUAUCCUACAAUACUGCAAAGCAUCUUGGUUUGAUUGCAAUUACUAACGCUGUGGACACUGCUAAGAACACAACUGUAUCCUGCAAUGUUACAAUACCUGAGGAAUUAUUCAAUGGCGCUGGAAAAUUAAAAGAUCAUAAGGUGAAGCUACAUAUUGACGAAUCAAUUCCGCCAGUUGCUCAAACCCAUCGGCGGAUACCAUUCCAUCUACGGAAACAGGUGGAGAAAAAGCUUGAAGAAAUGGAAAAGGAUGACAUCAUCGAGAAAACAGAAGGUCCAACGCCCUGGGUUUCCCCAAUCGUUGUUGUGCCGAAACCCAAAAGUCCAAACGAUGUUAGAAUUUGUGUGGAUAUGCGAGCUGUCAACAAGGCAAUCCAGCGAGAACGUCACAUAACCCCCACUAUAGAUGACGUCAUAGCAGAUCUAAAUGAAGCUAAAGUAUUUUCAAAGCUUGACCUCAAUCAAGGUUAUCACCAACUUGAACUCUCACGGAGUAACCUCUGCAGCUGAAAUUUUCCAAAAUACUAUUCGUGAAACACUUGAAGGUCUCAACGGCUGUAUUAACAUCAGUGAUGACAUCUUAGUCUAUGGAUCCAACCAAAAAGAACAUGACAACAACCUCAAAUCUGUAUUGGAACGUCUUCAGUCUCGUAACCUAACAUUAAAUAAGCUGAAGUGUGAAUUCAACAAAACCAGCGUUGAAUAUUUUGGAUAUGUAUUCUCAUCGCAGGGCAUUUCACCUGACCCUCGCAAAGUGGAAGCUAUAUACGCAACUCCCAACCUUCAUCCAAUCCAAACGAAGUCCGAAGUUUUCUAG